UGUGAACAACACCCAGAAACAAGGACAAAAAGCACGCCGUCCACCAGCCCAGGUACUGCAGCACGAGUGUGGAGCACUGUUGUAUGAACCUGUGAAAGAUUUAUGGACUUUAUUUUGGACUUCUGCUCACAGGAGUGAUGUGGAUGUGCUGACCAAGCGAGGGUGAUCAGGAGCAUCAGAAAGCGCCGUGUCAUCUAUAUCACUGUAGAGACUCAGAAGAUACCAGACUCUCCAGCAGAACUGUUACCCAGAGCUCUGAGUGCAGAUAAUCUCAGCUAAUAUCGCUCAGGGCUUCCUAUAAGAUUGAUCUAAGCAAAAAUUUAGCUUGAACGUGGAACAGGAAGUGACUAUGAAGCAAAGCAAGAGAGCAAGAGGUGGUUAGAUUGACAAGUCUGAAAAGAGGGACCACCUGAACAAGACUGGGGUCAAUGCACCUGCUCCUCAGACAGACCUGAGAUAUCUGCAGACUUUACAUCUCACAGAUAAUCAGUGACUCAUUAGGCCAGCAAAAAGCCAGAGAACAAAAGAUGGGCAUAAACAAAGAGCCUGAAAUUGAGCAGACGUCUCCGCCGCACGAAGAGGAAGCAGCAGCUCAGAGGAACUGCCCAGCUGAGGGUGAAGUAGAACAACCAGAGGAUGGAAACAAUCCACUGAGCACAUACAAGUGGCACACAGGGGCGAAGAGUGAGGCCAGCAGUCAGGGUACCUUCGAGAGGCUGGAGAAAGGAGCCGCCAAUAAAUGGAGCAAAAUGCAGAACUGGAGGAAAGCUCUGAGUGAGGAUUCUGGAGAUAAGUCCACCACUGCGGCGAUGGUUAAAGGAGGAGAAAGCCCCACAAAAUCAGAAAAACCAGUGAGCUCAAAGAAGAACCCGUUCCGCAGGGCUUUAUCUGAGCCGCCUGGUGCCCUGCUGUCCUCCGUCCUCUCCCCGUCCACCUCAGCGUCCAGCGAGGCUUCGGGAGAGACGGCUCAGAAAGGAAAACUCAGGAAAUACCUGCACCAGGUGUCACAGAGACUCAAAAGGCCUCGACUGCAGCCGCGUAACAACACCGAGCAAGAUGUCAGUCCAGUGGAGCCAGCACCAGCGGCCCUUGAGCCCACCCAGCUCUCCUGGAGCCCCCCGCAGGACAUCCCCGUGUGGGACAUCAACUACUGUGUCCUGCAGGACGGACAGAUCAUCAUCCCCCGCGAGGAGGAGCCACUGAUGCGGAUGAGGAACCGUGCAAGCAGCUGCCUGUCCAGCCUCAGCCUGCAGAACCUCAGCGAGAGCCACACCAACCUGGAAUGCACCCCAGACCACGUGGCACCUGUAAGCGCUCCUAACUCAAAAGCCCACAGUGGAGGAGUCAAGGCAAAGAUCAAGCGGCGUCUGCAGGGUGGAGCUCAGAAAAAACAGCUAAGUCAAACAGGAAGGUCUGGCUCUCGGGAAUCCCUGUCCAUUCCCGUGGGCAUUGCAGAGAGUCUAGAUUUAAGUGCAGACCGCACAACUGUCAUCAGGCCGGUGCACAGCUCCAUUCUUGGGGAGAAAUACUGCUUUGAGGUGAUAAACUCAGAGAACAACCACUGCUUUGGGUGCAGCUCAGCUGCAGAAAGAGACCGGUGGAUCGAGAACUUGAGGCGAACAGCUCAACCAAAUAAGGACAACUGUGAACGUACAGAGAACUCCCUGAGCCUGUGGGUUUAUGAAGCCAAAGACAUUCCACCAAAAAGGCGCUACUACUGUGAGAUUCAUCUGGAUGGUACGCUGUUUGCUCGCACUAGCAGCCGUGCUGUGGGCAAGUCAUCCCAAGCGAGCGAUGGCACCACAAGUGGGGGUGCUGGAGGGAGUGGAAAUCAAGGUGGGUGCCAACUCUUCUGGGGGGAGCUGUUUGAGCUGGACAACCUACCCCCAGUAUCGCAGGUCACUCUGCACCUUUUCCGCGAUGACGACCCCAAGAAGAAGCGGCACUCAAAGGACGAUUCAGUCCUGCAUCCUCUGGGCAGCGUGGCACUGUCUUUGGCAGAGAUAAAAGGACGGGCUUUCCAGGAGAAAUGGUACUCCCUCGUUCCUUACAAGACUCCUGUUUCUGGUGGAAUGAAAGACCAACUGGGAUCACAAGCUUCACUUCGGGUAAAGGCCCGCUUCCAAAACCUUCUAGUGCUGCCAAUUGAAAAGUACAAGGAAUUUGCAGAGUAUGUAACUGUGGGGUAUGUGGGAAUGUGCAGCAGCUUGGAGCCCCUUCUGAACGUCAAGGACAAGGAAGAGUUAGCAGGAGCUCUAGUACAUGUGCUUCAGAGUAUAGGGAAAGCAAAAGAGUUCUUGAUUCACCUGGGCAGUGCUGAAGUCCAGCGUUUGGGGGAGAACAAGGCUCUAAUAUUCAGAGAGAACACUCUGGCCACAAAAGCAAUUGAUGAAUACAUGAAGCUGGUUGGGCAGAAGUAUCUGAUUGAUACUCUUGGGGACAUCAUUGCUCAACUCUACGCUUCAUCUGAAAGCUGUGAAGUAGAUCCACAGAAAUGCUCUUCAUCCGAUCUGCCUGUCAACCAGCAGCACUUAAAGAAAACGUGCAGUGAAGUGGUGCAGCAGAUCACCGAGAUGCACAGGUCAUUCCCUGUGGAACUGAAUGAAAUCUUCUCCAGCUGGUUGUCUGACUGUGAGGAACAAGGACGAGAAGAAAUUGGACACCGCCUCAUCACUGCGUCUCUGUUUCUGCGGUUCCUCUGCCCAGCCAUCCUCAGCCCAUCGCUGUUCGGACUCACACAGCCGUACCCAGAACCCAACACCCUGCGCACACUCACUCUCACCGCAAAGGUCGUACAGAACCUCGCCAACUUCACCCCAUUUGGGGAGAAGGAGGAGUACAUGCUCUUCAUGAAUGACUUCCUGGAGCAGCACUGGGAGCUCAUGAGGGGGUUCCUGCGAAUGGUCUCAAACCCAGACAGUGAGCUGGACAUGGCACGCUUUGAUGGCUACGUUGAUCUGCCUUUACGCCUCGCUGUUCUUCAUGGCCUGCUGGUGGAUAUCAUCUCCCCCAUGGCGCAGGAUACAAUCGACAGCCUGCAGCCCCUUCCGUCAAUCUUGAACCAGAUUACAGAUCAUCUCGGCCCAGACGCUCCACGGAUCACCUGCAGCAGUUUCAGUCUUGGGCAGCCAAAGCCCACAUACGUCCCCCCACGGGACCUGGCCAAGUACAGCCCACUGAACAAAUCCCUGCAGCACCUUCCGACUGACUCCAAACCGAGCCACAGCAGAGACCGGCAGAGGAAGCAGGUGACGAGGACACAGAGUGUUCCAACACGGAAGCAUUUUCAUCCUCUGAAGAGACAGACCAGCAGCGAAGAACUGCAAAAGAACCAACCAGAACCUGAAGAGGGUGCUGGUCCACAGAUGGCAAUCUCAUCACCACAAGACAAUACUCGUGCUAAAGGUUCAUCCAUUCCAUGGGUUAUUUUAAAUAAGGAACCAAAUCAGACAAAAACAGAACAGGAGGAGAUGAGCCUGCUGGACAGGCAUGUGCAGGAGCUCUCUGAGCUGAGGCAGAGGGUGGAGGAGGCUUUAGACACCGAGCUGGAUGUGGCAAAGCGUCUGGAGGAAUAUAUAGCUCAGAGCCAGGGCCAGAACGCACAGCUUCAGGCCGAAGUCCAGGAGCUCCGGAAUCUUCUAGCAACGCGUGAGGAGCAGCUUGCCAGCGCCACAUUCAGGCUGGGGGUGAUAGAAGAGGAGCGAGAGGAAGACGAGAGAAAGCUCACCAUAGCUCUGGCUGCUGCGGAGCGGAUGAAUGUUUUGGAGGAGCAGUUUGCCGGCCUGCUGAACGACAUGCAGAAGCUGAACAUGGCCCAUAACGACGACCACCUAACACAGGACAGGAGAAACACUGUGUCUGGUUUUGUAUGAUGUAAUAUAGCAGCUUUGUACCCAUAAUUCUUUAUGUUUAAUGCAAAUACUUCUAUAAGCAGCCAAAGUCCACUGCAGUGCUAGAAGAGAUGAAUACGCAGCUCAUUACUGCUUACUAUUUUACCUGAAAUACCACCAUUCGCAUGAAUUGUGUGUAUGAAAAGUGCAGUUACAAAUAAACGAUGAGUAAAUGAA